UCCUGUAACUUAACUGUCAAAGAGACAGCUAAAACAUCUGUGUUUUGUCGUUUUGUCAAAUUAGCACAAUUUUUUUUGGAAAUAAAAAGGCGAAUGUGAAUUUGUUGAUCGUAUCCUUUACAAGGCCUUUUUGGUAACAUAAAGUGCAAUAGUUUCCCCACAAGAGGCACUUAGGAUGAGUUUUCUUUUUGGGAGUCGUUCUUCCAAAACAUUCAAACCUAAAAAAAAUAUACCUGAGGGAACACAUCAGUAUGAGCUGAUGAAACAUGCAGCUGCCACUCUAGGUUCAGGAAACCUUAGACUGGCAGUAAUAUUACCGGAGGGCGAGGACUUAAAUGAGUGGGUUGCUGUUAACACUGUUGACUUUUUUAACCAAAUUAACAUGCUUUAUGGCACAAUAACCGAGUUUUGCACAGAAGAGAGCUGUCCCAUAAUGUCAGCAGGUCCAAAAUACGAAUAUCAUUGGGCUGAUGGUCAUACAGUAAAAAAACCAAUUAAAUGUUCAGCUCCAAAAUAUAUAGACUAUUUAAUGACAUGGGUGCAAGAUCAGUUGGAUGAUGAGACACUAUUCCCAUCAAAAAUAGGGGUACCUUUUCCUAAAAAUUUCCUCUCUAUUGCCAAAACAAUAUUGAAAAGGUUAUUCAGAGUCUACGCCCACAUUUAUCAUCAGCAUUUUACUGAGGUUGUGCAAUUGGGUGAAGAAGCCCAUCUUAACACAUCAUUCAAGCAUUUUAUAUUCUUUGUUCAGGAGUUUAGUUUGAUAGAGAGGCGAGAAUUGGCUCCUCUGCAAGAAUUAAUAGACAAAUUGACGGCAAAAGAGGCCCGAUGAACGAUCGAAAUACACAAAAGACAACUCUAACAACACCCUUCUUAAUUUUAUUUUUGUUGGCUAUAAUCUUUCUUUAAUUUAUAUGUCCCUUCUCCUUUACUUUACACUAAGCAACAGUGAUAUAGUUGUUAAGCAGUAUAAAAAAGAAAUAACGAUUGAUUAAGGCACAAAAUUAGUCAAGAGCCAUCAGGGAAGCUCUAGGGUUACACUCGCCUGUUAAAAAUGACACAAAAUUUUAGGUGUCUUCUUCAACGCAAUGUUUAGACUGUUGUUGCACUUAAUAAUUGCUUAGGGUUCGAUUUUAUCUCACAGUAUGCAGGGUGAAUUUUGUAUUUAUGUAUGUGUAGCUUACAUUUAGUCUAUCAUAUUUCGACUUUACAUAAUCAAAUGACAAAUAGGUUCCUCUUUACACCCUGUAUAAAUAGUUUAGGGUGUUCGUUAUACAGUACACUCCCUAUUUAUAUUUAUAGAAAUAGAAGAAAAAAGAAAAUAUUUAACUGUAGUCAAAUCACUUCAUUACUUACUGUAUCUGUCGAUAUCAGUAAAGAGUGAUUUUUUUAAUUGAAUUGACCACAUUUUUUAUUCAUUUAUUUUAAUUUUUUUUUUAACAACCAUUGCUACAGUUUAUUUAUUAUUUUAUAUAUUGUGAUAGUUUCUUUCAGUUCUGCACUGCCUUUUUCUUUAUAGUAGACCAAAUUCAGUUUUUUAUAUUUGUAGUUAAAAAUUUACUGCAAACGACCACCGUUACUGUAUUGUAAUGUUAAAUAUUUUUUUUUCUUUGAUGACAACGGUUAGAACGACCGGUGAAAAAAUUGUAUGUGACUUCUUGUUUCUGUACAAAAUUAUUGUAUCGAUAAUUUUGAUACAGCUAAACGCGACUUUGGGCCUUAUCAAUGAUAAUAUUUUUGAUAAGAAGAAUUUUAGCGAUCUGGCAAAAGCAAUAGCAUCAUUACUAACGUCGAAUAUUUUUAUUGCGUCGCCGUCGACUAGUUUUUAACUUGCAGUACAAUAUCGUGUUAUAAUUUAUUAUUGAACUUCUCGGUCUUUUUGAUACAUACCUAUACAUUAUACAUAUUAUUGGCAUUUUAAAUAAUAUGUCGCCCUGUAAAAUUUUAUACAUAUAAAUAUUUGUUAAUUAUUAAUGUAGUGAAUAGAUAUUGUCAUUUUUUUUGUUUUUAAUUCUAUUUAUUUUUAUUAAGCACAUUAAUUACUAUAUAGUAUAUAGAGAGCCUGUUUGCCUGCUUUUUUAGAGAAUAAAAAGAAAUGUAUAUACGUCGCAAUCAUCAAAAAUUUAAGCCACUUAAUAAAACGGCAAAACUUGUUAUGUGGCAUCAGAUACUUAGGUGUAAUAAUGUAGGUGUAUCUCAGAUGAACAGAUAGCGCAGCGAAUAUUUUUUCAAUUACACAAAUAAUUAAACAAUUUGCGAGUUGUUUUGUAAAGGAUUUCAACUUUUAAUAAAAAAAGUAUAUAAAUUA